AUCUGUUUGUCAAACAUAUUUUCUAACUUCAACGAUUUCAAGUUUAAAUUUUAAAAAUAUUUUGAUUUUCAAAAUAUUACUGGCCGCGUUUGACAUGGAACAACACUAUGAGAAUGCAACUAGUCAGACUUAUAACUGGACUUCAUCGAAUUCAACCACCGAAACUCCAGAACAAUCAUUUGUGUACUGGAUGAUCAACUUAAUUGUAACUUUUGUAGUUGCAGCGACUGCAAUGUACAUUUUUACAGCCCUCAUUUACAAAGAAAUCUCCACUUCGGGAAAAGAAGACUCGCAAACUAUGACGUCGGCCAGACUGAUGAGAAUAGUUAAAAUCACAAUGGCAUUUCUUGUAUUUACUGAAAGCGUUACAUACGCGAGCUUCAGAAUUUUGUCUUUUUAUGGGAAUCCAGAUUAUUGCUAUAUUGAAGAAAUAGCCAGAGGUAUCGUAGCAAACAUUGGGAGUUUCAAUAUAUAUGUUUUGUUUUGGCUCAGACAAAGAAUAUUGUACAAAAACCCGGUGCUGAAAGAUUUAACCAAUGUUCUCACGCGUACUUUAAGUACUGUCGCCAUCGCAUUGAUUGUGAUAUGGCAUAUUGCGUUGGGGGUUAUAUUUUCUAGAGUUCCGUUUAUACAUGAAAUAGUAAAUUACAAAUGUAAGCUUAUAGUUAGUGGCACAAUCACUGGUCUGGUUUGGAUUGCACUUUUUGCCACAGUCGCUCUCCUACAAUCAAUAUUAUUAUUUCUUUUUCUACAUCCGCUUUAUAAACACCGAAUAAAAUCCAAGUGGAUGAACAAUAAAAACGUGACAGACUUGCUUCCUGUGAUGCAACGAGCGUUUGCUGGGACUUUAGCGUUUGUCGUUUCUGGAGCAGUAAUUAAUAUGACUGGUGGAUUUAUAAAGCACGAUUGGAUUGGUCCUAUUCUCAAUUCCAUAGGCCAAUUUCUUGAUGUUGUUAUUGUCACACUGUCGUUUGCCGAUUGGAAACAAACAAUUUUAUUUCGUAGCGAAGAAAAGGCAAGAGAAUCCGCAACCACAAUGAAAACAACCGUUCGGAUUUCCCUGAAUGUUGAACCAAAAUCAAAACCGAAUACUUCAAAAUGAGCAUCAUAGAUUUUAUAUGACUUUGUAAAACUCGUUAAAUGUGCUUAACAAUGACUGAAUUACGUUAUAUUAUACGACUCUAUUUAAACACUUCAUGCCGCAGUGGUUUCCUAAAUUAAUUGACGGCCCAAAUUUGAAGCUGAAAGAUAUUCGCGGGCCAGGAAUGGGGAACGCACGCACGGGGUCGAUACCGGUAAUUACGAUAGGGAAUCGUUAAGAUACCGAAAUGAAUUGUUACUAAUACACACAUGCCUAAACUGUGAUAAUGACGUAACAAUUAGCGAUACCUAAAACACAAAAAAUAUAACAAAGUGUUAAACCAUUCCAGUAGAGUCCGGGAGACCAUAUUGAAUCGUUACGCGUUCGUUAUUGGCCGGCGGGCCGGGAACCACUGCUUUAUGGCACUUUGAAGUUUCUAUUAGUUAAAAUACGUAAUGUACUUUCAUCUGUAAUCGUGUUUCUUUUUAUAUGCUGCAUAUAGCGAAAUGCAUUUUUUGUGUAUUAUAUACGUAAUGUGUAUCAUUUGUUUAUUAAAUUAGAGUUGAUCUCGCCUUA